AUGAUUUAACCAGGUGUAUAUAUAUAGGGGCUGACUGUCUUCCUUUUGCGGCGCAACUACCCCUGCCCAUGUCUAAAGUAUGAAGCCAGGAGCGCGUUUCGAAAUCUUUCGCGCGUUAGGAAUUAACUAUUAUGGUUUUCACGUCAGAAAAAAUAAGGUGUAUGACUAUGUUUCGCUCGUAGUAUGCACUACCCUUAUCGGUACUUCGAUUUAUUUAGGCGUUUCUUUUGUUUACAACUGGCGUCAAUCAAUGAAACUCAUGCGAUAUCACCAUGCUAGACUAGAGGUGGAGCGUGAAGGAUAUAUCAAAAUGAUCAAGGAGGCGCGCGAGAAAAAUAUAUUGCCACCUCGAAAAUCGCAAGAUGAUUCUAAGAAAUAAUGAAAAGAAUCCA